AUGGUGGCCGGUAUCAGCAAACGUCAGCAGUUCCGCAAUGAGCGGGCACUGCAAGACCUCAUUCGGUCGGUUCCUGGCAAUGACCGAUGCGCCGAUUGCCAAGCAAUGAAUCCAGGAUGGGCCAGUUGGAAUAUGGGUAUUUUCCUGUGCAUGCGGUGCGCCGCGCUGCACCGCAAGAUGGGCACUCAUAUCUCAAAGGUCAAAUCCUUGAGUAUGGAUAGCUGGACGACGGAACAAGUCGAUAACAUGAAAUCGCACGGGAACAACCUUAUGAACAAGAUUUUUAACCCUCGGAACGUGAAGCCCCCUGUUCCUGCUGAUGUCGACGAGUCCGAUGCAUGCAUGGAACGGUUUAUUCGUCAGAAGUACCAGUACCGGACCUUAGAAGAAGGCAAACCGAAACCCCCUAGUCGUCAAGGUACUCGCGAUGAUCGUUCUCCAGAAGGCGCUCCUCCUCCGCUUCCUCCCAAGCCUGCCCGGCCCUAUGGUUUCGGUUUGCGAUCGGCCUCGUCUACGACCAGCCUCCAUCGACUGUCCAACCGGCAAGCCAUGCCUCCCCGCUCUGAAACCUAUGAAUCACCCAGAGCAGUCUCACAGGGCAUGGGGGCUUCUGUUGGCAGUAGCAAUGCAUCCCACGAGACUCAGAUGGCCACCUUGCGGAGUAUGGGCUUUACCAAUGAGUAUCGAAACUCUGCCGUUUUGAAGGGCUUGGACGGUAAUCUCGACAAAUCAAUCGAGACUCUGGUCAGACUGGGGGAGGGUCCCCCAUCAUUGCAGGGCAGAACGCCUGUUCAAACAACCACGGCCAAUGAUACUGCUAGACAGCAAGCCUCCAGCAAUCCCUUUGAUCAGUUGGAUUCCAAGCCCACUCAGCCUGCUGGGCAGUCCUACAACCCUUUCGAUGUUCCUACUCCGCAACCAGCUGCACAGACGCUUGAGGCGUCGUUCCAACACCUUCAGGUCUCGCAACCGUUAUUCCCACACUCAACCGGGGGAUAUCCCAACCAGCAGCCAUCUUUCCCUCAGCCUCUUUACCAACAGCCGAUGACCCCCCCUGUGAUGCCAACAAUCUCCCAGGGUGCCGUCGUGCAGUCACCGCAGCCUGUUGAUGGUGGUCACAACCCGUUCUUCCAAUCCGGCAGCUUCACUGCAGCUCCCAACCAAACCCCCGGUGUCGCUCAGCCGCAAACAAAUCCUUUUUUCACCCAACCCCCUUCGCAACUCAACUCGAUGCAACCCCCAAGUCAGGCUCCGGCCGGAUAUCCUCAUCCCCCUCGACAUGCCAACACCAUGCCAGCUAUAUCAUCCACCUCCCCGUUCGGUACCGCGUCGCCGUUCCAGCAGCAGCAACAGCAACAAAUUCAACCUCCCCAACUCCAAGUCCAACCGCCCCAAUUCCAGGCUCAACCACCCCAGCAGAUGCAAGCAUCCCACAAUCCAUUCCAACCCAUGACAGCGCCCCCAACCCCGCAAAGUGCGGGAACAGCAUUCUGUCGUUGUACGGCCUUUCUCCACCAGCAUCGGCAACGUCAGAGCAGUCUCAACCCACAGGAGCGAUUCCCGGCCCGGGAGCAGCACCGGCACCGGCCCCUGGCUAUGCCGCUACUACGCAACCACAGCAACCCACGGACCUCCAUUCCGCAGGCACCCGGAACCCCUUCCUCACCACUCAAGCAGCAGCUGCCGGACUUCCCCAACAGCAACAGCAACAAGCAUACCUCCAACAACCCCAACCCCAACUCCAACCCCCAAUACAGCACCUUCACCAUGCCCAUGAAAUCCAACACCAUGCCGCCCGCGGCACCAAGCGCCUUUCCAAGACCGCAGGGCCACAUGAGCCAGCAAAGCGUCGAUAUCAACGCCUUCCAAAACGGCCGACACAGCCCCGAUGCAUUCGCCAGUUUGAGUGCGCGGUAUGGUUGA